UUACUCAUUCCCUUUGUUAUUACACGUGACCCGAGCGGCACUGUUUGUAGCCUUUAGAACAUAGAGGAACUCUCCACCAAGUCUCUAGGUCUACCUAAACUUUACGGGUCUCUAGUUAAUUUUUGUAGUUUUCACAAAGAUAGAUUUAACACUUUCACCACUGGUGUUCUCUGGAUCUCUCUCUUGCAUUGGGCCAGAACUUGUAGAUAAAGAUAAAAAGAGGAUCAGAUUGGAGUAGGGAGGACGAGGGACGGUGAGGUCGUGUGAAACAACUUUCAAGUUUGCAGCAAGGAUUUAAAACAAAAGCAUGUUUUACAAUGAGUGUAUACAAGUUUUGCCCCAACUGUAACAACAUUCCCUACCCUAAGGAAGACAAGAAACAAAGGAUCCUCCUCUUUGCAUGUCGAAACUGUGAUCACCAGGAGAUUGCUGAUAAUAAUCGUGUUUAUAGAAAUGAGGUACACCACUCUGUUUCAGAAUAUACACAGAUUUUAGAGGAUGUGGCCUCAGAUCCAACUCUACCUCGUACUAAAUCCGUUCGUUGCUGUGCAUGUGGCCAUGGAGAAGCUGUCUUUUUACAGGCAACUUUCCAACCUGCUUUUGUUGUUGCAAUACUAUUGAUAUACAACACCAAUUUAUUUCCUUCGCAUUGGAGGGUGAAUAUAGGAAGUAAUAGGAGUAGCCACAGUCCGGUCCAGUCCAGUUUCGGUUCAGCAGUUUAGGGAACCAGGGAAAAAACUGUAGGAUCUUGGUUUCAGUCUCAAUUUUGAUUCAGUCUCAAUUUUGAUCAAAUCUAAUUAUCAAAUUAUUAAAAAAACCUUUUUAAGCAAAAAAAAAAAAAAAAAACCGAUUUUGACCUAGAACUAGGUCGGAAAGCACAGUUUAAGUCUGAUUUAAGUCGAGCUAAUUUUGCUUCGAUUCCUAAUCUGGGUUAGACCAUAUCAAUUCUAGCCAGAACCGGAUAAUGCCCAAGACUAUGCAUUGUAGGCUUGUAACUAGCUGCCUUGGAGCAAAAUGCACAUAUUUGGUUCUUUGCAUUAUUAUUGGUUCUUGUAAUGCUUUGAAAUUUUUGCAUGAAAAUGCAGGCAACUUCUAGAGAAGAAGGUAUGACACUGUUUUAUGUCUGCUGCAAUCCAAACUGCGGGAAUCGUUGGAAAGACUAACAUCAUAUCUUCACAUGAAUUCAGAGCUAUCUGCUAGCGAAUUCAAAGCUCUCAACGUUGAUGUAUAUCUCUCUUAUAGUUUUUGACAACUCAAAAGAAAGCCUCUUGCUUGAGUUCGUUAUAUGCAGUAUAUGAAAGCUAA